AUGGGCUCUAGUUACUUCUACCUGGAAUUCCUCCUCGCCUGGCUUAGUCUCCUCAAGACAUCCGGCAGCUUCAGAAACCCCGCGAUCUUCGCACUAGAAUACACCCUCGUUCCGGAUGCAUCUUACCCGAUACAACUCCACGAAGCAAUUGCUGGCUAUAAACACGUUGUUUCUAUUACCCAAGACCCGUCCAGGAUAUGCGUAAGCGGUGAUUCCGCUGGUGCUACGCUAAUCCUCAGUCUCUUGCUUCAUCUUGCUCAUCUUCCCGAGCAGGGUCCCGUCUGGUCGUCAGAAAUGCCCGAUCUUACUCGAAAGGGGCGUCUAAAUCCAGAGACGGAUACAUCGCUAACUCCGGGGAUGGCAGUCCUCAUCUCCCCUUGGGUAACACUCCGCUCCCCACUGGACAAAAAUACAACAAGCGACUACCUUGAUAUCGCUAGCCUACACUCCUACGCUUCUCAAUACGCUGGCUCUAAAAUCUCCAUUGGCGACCCGCUAAUCUCUCCGGGGAACUGCAGAUCCGUGUCUGCGUGGCGGCGGGCUUCUCCCUCGAAGGGGUUUUUUGUAAUAUAUGGCGCUGAGGAGGUUUUUGCACCGGAGACUAGUCGGCUUGUUCACUUGUGGCAGGAGGGUCAAGUGGGUGUGAGGUCCGUGGAGGUGGAAUCCGGCAUUCAUGCCUGGCCCAUUGCAGCGAUGUUUGUAAGCAAUACCAGUGAGGGAAGACUAAAGGGCCUCCGGGGUAUUAUUCGGGAGCUAUGCGAGAGGAUGAUCUAA